AUCACAAUCUACAUGAUCUGGAAGGCAACUGUGCAAUAUACGGAAAUCGUACGGGUGGCACGCAACUGAGACCUACUGACGUCAUCAGUCGAGGAAGUUGUGAGUGGCUACAUCUAGAACAUCAUCGCGAGCAUUGACCGUCCCCACUAUUGUGCUCGAUCCUCUAUCAUAAAAGAAGCCACUCUACCAAUUCGGAGCAUUACCACCAGGAUUACGCACGCUAGAGUCUACCGCCAACGCUUCUACCUAAAUGGGAUCCGAACAAGCAGACAGGGCUGUCCUUUUCUACGAGUCGCGUUCUUUCAAUUACGAUGACUCCUGGCACGACGACUUCACCAAAAGGUUUGCAGCUGAAAUCAACAUCCAGCCAGGCCAGCAUGUCCUUGACCUCGCCUGUGGAACCGGGUUACUUACCUUCCUGGAGGCAGAUGCUGUCGGCCCAUCUGGACAUGUAACCGGCGUCGAUGUGACCCCAGGGAUGCUUCGCGUAGCCGAAUUCAAGAAGAGAAAAGAACCCGAGAAGUACGCCAAUGUGGAUUUUUAUCAGGGUGAUAUCCUAAAACUACAGGAAAUCGAAGCGCUGAAAGGAAAGCAAUUCGACAUCAUCACUGCGUCGUCUGCUCUCGUACUAUUCCCGGAUCCAAAGGCAGCAAUCGAACUGUGGGCCGAGUUCCUGAAGCCAGGUGGCACAUUCGCAGUUGACUCAACGCAUCCUCGAAACCUUGUCCCAGGGAUGGUAUUGGAACGUGUCGCAAGACGGCUCGACCUGUCGGUGCCGUACAACCGAGAGUGGAGCCAGAACGAAUCUUCACUGAAGGGUGUACUUGAGUCUGCGGGGCUGAAGGUUGACAAGGUCAUCACCGUAGAGAAUCAGUCUGGAUAUGGGAAGCGACAGUACGAGGUGGGCCAAUGGGAUGACUUCUUCGUUGAGAACGUUAUCGUCAAGGACGUUGCGAGGACCUUUGCCAAUAAUGAUAUUCGACGCAAGGCCCAGGGUCUCUACAAAGAAGAGUGGGAGCGGUUAGCUGUGAACGGACAAGUCGAGGAGGUCGACUCGGUGUUCCUUGGAGUUGCUCGCAAACCUGCCGACGGCUCGAGGUAUGUCCCAAGCUCCUCAAGCAAAGAGACCGUCUUCGAAGGAGGCUGCCGCUGCGGCGGCGUGCGCUAUACGUCAACACAACAGCCAUCUCAAGUCACUUUCUGCUACUGUCGAGCUUGCUCUCGAGUCUCGGGAUCUGGCUACUUGCCGUUUUGCCACGUUGACGAUGAUGCGCUCACCUUUACGCAUACAUCUACAAUGAAAACUCUGGUACUCUCAAAGGCCGCAGAGCGAUUUUUCUGCACGGGCUGUGGAGCCCCAAUCGCCAUGAAAUACUUUGAUCAGGAGGUUACAGGUCUUGUACUUGGCUCUCUUGAUUUGGAUACUUUCAAAGGAGCGAUGCCGAACGUAGAGCAGCACAUAUUUCUCAGGGAGAAGGCUCCGUGGGUUACCGUACCGGAUGAUGGUGCGAAGCGGAUGGAGGCAUUUGAGGAGAUGGAGAUCAAGUAAGAUGCUGCGGGUGCAGAAUAUUGGCAAGAGCGGUAGCUAUUGUGUCAACACGAAGAUCUGAGAC